AUGUCUAAGUUAGAGUUGGAGACUCCCGUCCGUUACCUGAAAACUCUGCUGCUGCCCGUGAACGUCCUGGUGGUGGCUGUGAUCGUGUGGAGGACGCUGCAGGACGUGGUGAUGGUCCUGAGAGGCGGAGCCAAAGAGGAGGUGUCUGAAGAACCAGGGUCAGACAUGGAAGCAAGAGGAGAGCUGGUAUACCACAGUCUGCAGCUGGGAGCCUUCCUGGUCCUGGCUCUUCUCAUCAUGAGGCUGAAGCUCUUCCUCACUCCUCACAUGUGCAUCAUGGCCUCUCUGCUCUGCUCCAAACAGAUGUUUGGGUGGGUGGCAGAGCGGUCGAAGCAGCAGAUGGCAGUGUCCUGUAUCCUGGUCGUCAUGGCGAUACAGGGCGUGUCCAACCUUCAGUCUCAGUGGAGCAUCAUCGGAGAGUUCAGCAACAUGCCUCAGGAGGAGCUGCUGGAGUGGAUCCAGGACAACACCCCCCACAAUGCUGUGUUUGCUGGUGCAAUGCCCACCAUGGCCAGUGUGAAGCUGUCCACAGGGAGACCCAUCGUCAACCACCCGCACUAUGAAGACGCUGGUCUCAGAGAGAGAACCAAGCUGGUCUACUCCAUGUAUAGCCGCAUGUCGGGAGAGACCGUGACCAGGAACCUGCAGAAGCUCGGAGUGGACUACUUUGUCCUGGAGGACUCAUGGUGCACCAGGAGGACCAGGCCGGGCUGCAGUAUGCCUGAGAUCUGGGACGUGGAGGACCAGGAGAACGUGGGUAAAGUGCCGCUGUGCUCUGUCCUCAGCAGGAGCUCUCAGCCGCACUUCACCACCGUCUUUACCAACGACAUCUACAAAGUGCUCAAAGUCUCUACACACCAGAGACUGGACAGAUAA